AUGCAACCUUGUCAACCAAACGAACCACAUAAUGUAGAAACACAACAAGAUAGUACUAUCGACAAUUAUAAUAAAAACAUCAUAACACAAGAUCAAAAUAACAGUAUAAAUGAAGUUUUAACAGGUGAUUUAUACAUCGUUGGAAAAAUAUGGAUCGACGGUUUACAAAAAGCCCUAAUAGGGCCAAAACUAAACGUAGUACACGCGGCAAAACCGGAAGAAGUGCCAAAGAAACCACCCAAAAUGAAGUACUCAGAUUUACCAAUCUACGAAGGGCCCUUCUACGAAUACAACGUAUUUAUUGAAGACAAAGAAAAAUGCCCUGAAAGGAAUGAAAAGUUACUGCAAAAUUAUUUGCUGCCGUACGUAAAGACUUAUAGAAAAAUUGCUUAUGCACAAUUAUGUAAUAUAAAAUGCAGCGUAACUACAAAAUAUAACGAAACUACUGCAGCUAUAAAUCGUGCUAAGAACAAUUUUAAAGCUACUAUGCGUGAUCCUGAUAACUUAAGCACAAGACAGGGUGUUGUUGGAUUGGGAACUCUAACGGGGUAUAUAAUAGGGGGUGGUGGUGGAUUGCCACGAAGGAUUUUUUAUACAAGCGUUGGCUUUUUUACAACGGGUUCUUUAUGUUUUCCAAAGGCGACAGAUGAGAUAUUUCGCUCGUUCGCGUACGUUUUUGGAAAGGCUGCUAUAACUUUGUAUAAAUUUGUUUCUAAUACAGAAGUUGGAAUUAGAGAGAGGGUGCCUUGCAAGGAAGACGUGCCAGCACCACCGCCACAAAGAAAAGAUGUACAGUGCCCACCAAAAAAAUGA